AUGGUGCAAGAUACGACUGAGGUGGAGCACGACGACGCCGGCCCAAGCUCCAUACACCAGCGCAGCAAUGGGCAGAAUGUCUCGACGGAAAAUCCGAACUUAAGCUCAAAGUGCAAAAUUUACUCGUUUUGA